AUGAACAGUGAUCAAGUUACACUGGUUGGUCAAGUGUUCGAAUCCUAUGUUUCGGAAUACCAUAAGAAUGAUAUUCUUCUAAUCUUGGAGGAAAGUGACGAAGAUGCUCAUUACCCAGUUGUGGUUAAUGCCAUGACCCUUUUUGAGACUAACAUGGAAAUUGGGGAAUAUUUCAACGCAUUUCCAAGUGAAGUACUAACAGUUUUUGAUAGCGCUCUGCGAAGAUCAGCCUUGACAAUUCUCCAAUCCCUUUCUCAACCUGAGGGUGCUUCUAUGAAGCAGAAUCUUCAUGCCAGGAUAUCAGGUUUACCUGUUUGUCCUGAGCUGGUGAGGGAGCACAUCCCUAAAACCAAGGAUGUGGGACACUUUUUAUCUGUCACUGGGACAGUAAUUCGAACAAGCCUGGUGAAGAUCUUGGAGUUUGAGCGAGAGUACAUGUGUAACAAAUGCAAACAUGUAUUUGUGGUCAAGGCUGACUUUGAGCAGUAUUAUACCUUCUGCCGGCCAUCCUCCUGUCCCAGCUUGGAGAGCUGUGAUUCUUCAAAAUUCACUUGCCUCUCAGGCUUGUCUUCAUCUCCAACUAGGUGUAGAGAUUACCAGGAAAUCAAAAUUCAGGAACAGGUGCAAAGGCUAUCUGUUGGAAGUAUUCCACGAUCUAUGAAGGUUAUCCUGGAAGAUGACUUAGUAGACAGUUGCAAAUCUGGUGAUGACCUCACUAUUUACGGAGUUGUAAUGCAACGGUGGAAGCCUUUUCAGCAAGAUGUGCGCUGUGAAGUGGAGAUAGUCCUGAAAGCCAAUUAUGUCCAAGUAAAUAAUGAGCAGUCUGCAGGGAUCAUCAUGGAUGAGGAGGUCCAAAAGGAAUUUGAAGAUUUUUGGGAGUCCUAUAAGAGUGAUCCCUUUGCAGGAAGGAAUGAAAUAUUGGCCAGCUUGUGCCCUCAAGUUUUUGGGAUGUAUCUAGUAAAGCUGGCUGUGGCCAUGGUGCUGGCUGGUGGGAUUCAAAGGACUGAUGCUACAGGAACACGGGUCAGAGGUGAAUCUCAUCUUUUAUUGGUUGGGGAUCCUGGCACAGGGAAAUCUCAAUUCCUCAAGUAUGCAGCAAAGAUUACACCACGCUCUGUGCUCACCACAGGAAUUGGAUCUACUAGUGCAGGUCUGACGGUAACUGCUGUGAAAGACUCAGGAGAAUGGAAUUUGGAGGCUGGCGCAUUAGUACUUGCAGAUGCGGGCCUUUGCUGUAUCGAUGAGUUUAACAGCCUCAAAGAGCAUGAUAGAACCAGUAUCCACGAGGCAAUGGAGCAACAAACCAUAAGUGUUGCUAAGGCUGGCCUCGUGUGCAAGCUGAACACAAGGACCACCAUCCUGGCAGCAACUAACCCCAAAGGCCAGUAUGACCCCCAUGAGUCCGUGUCUAUGAACAUCGCCCUCGGCAGCCCCCUCUUAAGUCGAUUUGAUCUGAUCCUGGUUUUGCUUGAUACCAAGAAUGAAGACUGGGAUCGUAUAAUUUCCUCCUUUAUCUUAGAAAACAAAGGUUACCCAAGCAAAUCAAAGAAGCUCUGGAGCAUGGAAAAGAUGAAAACCUACUUCUGCCUGAUUAGGAAUCUACAGCCCAGGCUGUCCGAUGUGGGUAAUCAAGUCCUUCUCCGGUACUACCAGAUGCAGAGGCAGAGUGACUCCCGGAACGCUGCCCGGACCACUAUCCGCCUGUUGGAAAGCUUGAUCCGAUUAGCAGAAGCUCAUGCCCGCCUGAUGUUUCGUGACACUGUGACUCUGGAAGACGCUGUUACAGCCGUGUCAGUAAUGGAAUCCUCGAUGCAGGGUGGUGCACUGCUGGGAGGGGUGAAUGCGCUCCACACUUCCUUUCCUGAAAACCCUCUGAAGCAGUACCAGAGGCAGUGCGAACUUAUUCUGGAAAAGCUAGAGCUGCACAACCUCUUGAGUGAAGAGCUAAGAAGACUUGAAAGGUUACAGAUACAGAAUCAGAGUGUGCACCAAUCCCAGCCACAGGCAGUGGAGGCAGAGACUAACCCAGGAUCCUCCAAAAAUGACCCAGGAGAAGCAUCAACGUCCAGAAUCUGGUCAGCACAGCAGGAAGUGAACUGUAGCAUGCUGACCUCCUCUCCUGGAUGCAGUCCCGAGGGAAGCCGACUUCCCGAUCCCCUAUCCCAUGGGGGGCCUAAUAGACCAACAAAUAGAAAAUAUUCCACUGAGCACAAAAAUAGCAAAGAUGACAGUUUGGACUGGUUUGACUCCAUAGCAACUCAUCAGCUUGAACCUCAAAACACUGUGCCUGUAUUUCCCAAAACAACUGGGGGGAAAAUGGCUUUGCAAAACUUCAAGAACAAAUCUCAGGGUAAGGUAAAGGGUGAGCCAGGCCAAAGGAGCAAAUUGGAAACUGGAGAGCUUCCAGCACCAGGAGAGACAGAAGCUCCAUCGAGGCCAGACCAUGUUGAAGGGAAAGAGGCAAAAAGGGCAGCAAUCGUUUCCGAAGUAGCAGGAUCUGCUGGUGAACCGGACUCAGUACUGACUCAUCACGUCCCCAGGAAGCUGCACCAGCUGCGCAAGGCCGGUGCGCAGGAGUUGUGCGGGAGCCCCGCCACGGUGCCUUUACAGCCCACAGGCCCUCCUCAGCCUCGGUCCAGUCCUGCCCCUGGCCCUGAAGGAACACUGGAAACUCCCAAAAGAAAGAGACAAAAAUCCCUUGCUCAGAUGGAAGAGCCUGAGCUUGAAAGUGUUGAGAGUCCAGGCCCCCCCCUGGCCAAACUGGCAAAAUUUACUUUCAAACAGAAGUCAAAACUGACCCACUCCCCUGAAGACCACAGUGCUGUGUCUCCUGGCACAACUGAAGGAGCAGUUCCAAGUCCCAGAACUUGCCAGAGAGCAAGAAGAGAAGCAGCUCUGCCUGGGAAGGGGCCACAAAAGUUGGCUUCUACCUCAGGAAGCAGAAACUCAAAUCAGCCACAGGGUAAGGCAAAGGAAGUGUCCCAGCAGGCACCGGAGGAAGACAGAUCAAGAGAGAAAAGCAAACACGGCCCUGAAGGAAGAGUUACCCAGCCUGAAUUUGAGCUUGGGAACCAGACUGGGCAUUCUCCUCUUACUUGUCAAAGAGACAGAAAGGAAGAGGUCUCAUGCAAUAAUAAGAGCAGCAAGGUUCAUGCUUGCACAUUAGCCAAAUUGGCCAACUUCUCCUUUACUUCCCCCUCUGAAUCCAAAUCAGAAUCCCCUCCUCCUCCUGAAAGUGAGAACCGGGGGGCGAGAGGCCCCAGCCUUCCUCCCGGGGCCACAGCUAUAGUGCUUGGCAGGAAAAGGAAAACUUUUCAGCUGGAGGGGUCCACUGAGAGAUUGCUUCUUUCCAAAAACUCUCUCUUUACUUUAUCAGAACUAGAUGACGAAGCAUUAGAUUUUGAUUGGGAUGAAGAAAUGAGAAAAAAGCCAUAAUCAUGAAAAGCUUUCUAGUCACAUUUCAGCCUCCCCAGCUCCACACAGCACCUUCGGGAUAUCGACAUGUGUCCGUAUGUGUACAGAACUAUUGGCCAUAUUGAGUACCAUUCUGAAUACCAGCUCUCCCGACAGGUUUUAUAAUUUCAGGUUUAUCUUCAUGACUUGUGAAGUUGUAUAAUCAAUGCCGGGCAGUGUGAUACAGCAUUUAAAGUAAUUGACAUUGUGCUUAAUUUUGCAGAUGGAAUACUUGUAUUCCCAAGAUGUUUCUGUUUGUUUUGGUUUCGUUUUUUAGUUGGU